AUGGCCACUCAGAGCCGCGUUCCGCAUGGCGAUGGGGUUGCUAUGGUGGGUAACCACGGUUACGGCGUUGCCAUGGCUGCGGGGGAAUCGGAGGCGGGGUGCUGGUGUCCCUCUGAGUCGUUUGGGUCUGAGAGGGAGGGGGGGGACUGGACUCCUCGACCCUCAACUGCAUCGUUUUUUAGUCUGUCGUGGCGGAAGCUGUCCUCCACAGACGGGUCGGGCAGCACCAUGUCCGGGUCGCUCAGCAUGCUCAGCCCGUCCAGGCUGAGCGGCUCGAUGCGCAGCUCGUGGCCCAAGACCGGACGCUACGUCUACGUGCCCUACUACAUCUCCCCGGACUACACCCAACAGGAGCGGGGGGUCAUCCUGGCAGGCCUGCAGAGCUUCCACCAGUCCACCUGCGUCCGCUUUGUCCCCUGGACUCAGACUCACCGGGACUACCUCCACUUCCUCUCCGGCCCCGGUGAAGGGUGUAAGUCCUUCAUAGGCCGUCAGCACGGAGGCCAGGGGGUUUUCCUGGAGAAAAAGGGCUGCCUGUACCAGUCCACGGUUCAGCACGAGGUCCUGCACGCGCUGGGCUUCCACCACGAGCAGGUCCGCUCAGACCGGGACCAGUACGUCCGGAUCCUGUCCCAGAACGUCCAGCCAGUGCCGACCAACAAUCUGCUGACUCCCUACGACUUCAGCUCCGUCAUGCAUUACGGAAAAUAUGACUUCUCCUCCAAUGGGCUGCCAACCAUUGUGGCAAAGCACAAUCAUUACCUGGACUUUGGCCACGCCCAUCAGAUGAGCCCCAAUGACAUCACGCGCGUCAACAGGCUCUACGGAUGCAGAGUUUGCACCGAAGAGCCUGAGUUCAUUGUAAUUUGAUUUUGUUGUAAUUUUCUUAUUGUCAUUUGUUCACUGAGGCUCUGCUUUGAUUGAAGGAUUACAAAUGAUUGAUUGACUUCUUACAAAUCAGCAGGUGAUUCUGCUUAGAAUAGAAUUUACACAAAUCAGUUAAAAGUGUUUUAGCUGACGAAUGCUCUCUGUUCACACCUGAACAAAACAAACAAACAGGAUGAGGCGAGCACUGUCACGAAAUCCUUUAAAUGUUGCUCAAAGGACACAUUAAACAAACCUGU